AUGUAUUUGAAAGUGACGUUUUUGAUUGUGUAUUCAUUUCGGUAAAUAAAAAAUAAAAAUUUAUAUGAUUAGAACAUCUUUUAUGGACAACGAUACACUGCUAAUUAACACCAGCAUGGAUAUAAGUGAAUCUCAAAGAAACACUUCUUACAUUAAUCGCUCGCAGUCCUCUCUCUCAAAUGAAGGCGAUUUAUCAUUUUUAUCAUCAAUAGAUCAAGAACUUGAUGCACUUAUAUUAGGUGAUGAGCUACCCGCGUUUGAAAUUAGACUUGUUUCGCCUCUUGGACGUACACCUUCGCCAAUAGACAGCAAUGAAGAAGAUUUUCGAACACCAACUCGGAUCCAACAGUUAGAUUGUGAUUCUACCGCCAGUGAAUGCUUAAAUUCUGAUUUUGUAACUCUUGAAGAAAUCAACUCACUUAUAAGUCCCCCUGCGGAUGAUAAAAGAAGCACUGCGGACGUGAGCCGUUGUAAUAGCCUCGAGACUAUAUUUGAAGGUGUGUUCUUAAAUACACCGCCAAAAGCAGGUAGUAUUGUACGGAAUGUUAGUACAACGCGGGAAAAUCUUUUCGAAAAAUUUAUUAUUAAUCGGAUGUUUAGUACUAAGGAAAAUCAGGUUCCGAAUAUUGGUGCAGUUAAUGAAGUUAGAAAACUAACUUCAAGUGAGGACAUUCCUCAAAACAAUAUAAAGUAGAUGAAAUUAUAACUAUAAUGUUAACAGAAGCUGUACAAAAUGAAAAAUUUAAAAUAUAAUAAAUGCUACAUCUUUUAAAAUGUAAUAACGAAAUAAUAAAAAAUUAAUCGUACUUUAAUACUAAAAUAUUUAACAAAAAAAUACCUUAAAUUUUAUAUUAUAUAUUUAUGUAUAAAUUUUAAAUGUAACUGUUGUAAAAUUUGUAAACGUUGAGCA